AUGACGGAAUCGACUACGAAAAAUGAAAGUGGAAUUCCUUCAGUAAUGAGAGCAGCACAACAAACCAAUUUCGGAGAUGUUCGUGAUGUUUUGACGAUUGUUGAUAAUGUUCCCAUACCUCGACAAUUAUCUUCGAAACAAAUUCUCAUUCGUGCUCAUGCAGCUUCAAUCAAUCCAGCCGAUUGGAAAAUAAUGAGUGGAAUGUUAUCCAUAUUCAUUCGUUAUUCUUGGCCUCAUAUACCUGGUAGUGAUGUUGCAGGUGAAAUUGUUGAUAUGGGUCCAGAAGUGAAACGUUUUCGUGUUGGUGAUCAUGUCUAUGGCAAUGUUGGCAUUGGGGCAGGUGCUUUUGCUGAAUAUGUUCGAGCGGAUGAGUCUCUAUUUGCAUUGAAACCAAAGAAUUUAACAAUGGAAGAAGCAGCAGCAGUGCCAGUGGCUUGUGACACAAGUUAUCAAGCAUUGUUUCAUAAAGUUUCACCACCAAUUGGAAAGGGAAGUAAAAUCUUCAUUUGUGGUGGAAGUUCAGCCUGUGGAUUAUUUGCGAUUCAAUUAGCAAAAGCAGUUGGUGCCUCAGUAGCAACAACAUGUUCACAAAGAAAUUUUCAACUAAUGGAAAAAUUAGGUGUGUCUUUCUUCAUCAAUUCGAAUGACUUCUCAGUGUGA